AUGUCGCAAAAGCGCAAGGCACCCUGGGACCGCAACACCAAGUACUGGUGCCGGUACUGCAGCAUAUUUGUCCACGACAACAGCUCGAGCCGCCGCAUCCACGAAUCGGGCGUCAAGCACAAAGAGAACGUGCAGCGGUACCUGCGCAACAUUGACGAGACCGCCGAGACCGCUGCCAAAGCCGAAUCUGCCCUGCAGAGGCAGCUUGACAAGAUCGAGCAGGCCGCCAGCGAUGCAUACAGCAAGGACGUUGGGUCCACCACAGCCAGCCAGCCAGCCGCAAAGCUGCCACCAGCCCCACCCGAGCCGGUGGAGGAAGCAGAACCGACAGAGAAGCAGAAGGAACCCGCAGUGGACAGUCGGCCGGCCGAUAUUGGGCUGGUCGGCGGUUGGGAAGUCGUCGGGGAAGAAGAGGACGAAUCUGCUGGUGGGACCAGGUCAUCCCACACUGCAGCUGAUGGGGGAGCUGCCACACCCGCUGCCGAUGAACCCGCAUCCCAAAAACCCUUGAACCAGCUGCGCGGCUCCGAAUGGCUGGACGACGAGGAUGUCGGCAAUCCCGAGGCAUUCGAGGUCGCCGAGAAGACGUUGCUCCUGCGCGGCAGUGACAGUAAUGGCGCGCAUGCAGCUGAUAAUGAUGCAGCUGCGGGUGCUUCCGGGCUGUUCAAGAAGCGCAGGGUUGGGAGCAGGAAUGCCCGCAAGAAGUAG